GCCGGGUCCAACCGCCGCCUUGCCCUGGGCCCCUCCCGCCGCCUUCCCCUUCUCCCUCCCCGCCCCUCCCGCCGCCUCCACCGCCCUUUUGCUUUCGCUUUUUGCCAGCUGGCAGCCGGCGGACCGGCCCGGCCAUGGAGAACGGUGCCGUCUACAACGAGACCACCGAGCCGAAGGCGAAGUGGCCCCGCCGCCGCCCCUUCGGCUGCACCCUGCGGCACCUGCCGGGGUGGCGGCUGCCGGCGAAGGCGGUCCAGGCGAUUUUCUCCUUUGUGGCUGUUACUUGUGAAGAAAUAGUGGAGGAUUGCAGCAAUUGUGGUGGACUUUACUUCUUUGAAUUCACUAGCUGCAGUGCCUUUCUUUUGAGCCUCCUGAUUCUGUCUGUGUAUUGCACUGAUGUAUAUGAAACACUGGGGGAAGAUAAAGUAGAGAAACUGAAUUUUUGGGCCAUGCCAGUCAUAGCUGCCUGGUUUGUGUUAGCAUCAAUAGUGUUUGCUCUGACCAGCUCUGGCUCUGCUGUUGAAAGUGCUGCAUGUACAUUUGGAUUUCUUGCAAGUAUUGCAUUUGUAGUUGAAUUUGUUAUACAGCGCAUUCACAGGCGAAAACAAACCGUCGCGGGACAAUCUGAAAAUCCUCGUAACACUCCGAGAGCCACAGAAAAUCAGCCAUUGAAUAAACAAACCUAACUUCCAAAAUUUUUUUUUUUUUUUUUUCUUUUAAAUGGAGCAAACUUAAAUGAACUUUCAGUGCACUGUAGGUAACAACUUCUGUCUCUUAAUUCUAAUUAAUUUUGUACAUAUUGCUCAUCAAAAUUUUGAUAGAUCCCUAGGUCAAGUAAUGGCAUCUUGAGCACAAUGUUCUAAGGUAACUGGUCCUGCUUAAUGACUGGUCUUGUCACCUGCCCAGGUGACAUGCACUAAAAAACCUUGAGUCUAACUAAAAUAACUUAAGGACAACACACAAUCAGUGUGCUGAUUUGAUUUUGGCAGAGGUAACUAAAAAAGGUUAAUGUCUGAGGCAUAAAUUCUGAUAUAUAGCCUAAAGAUAUUUCCUGUAUAAAUGGACCAGAUGCUUCUGUUAUGAGUUAUAAAUUAGAACAGCAAAAUUCACUUUUGUACUUAAUCAAACUAAAUGUGAAAGGGAUACCUAGUUGGAACCUUACAGAAAUGCUUAUCCUUACAUAAGGGGGUUUGGGUUUUUUUACUAUUCCUGUGUCUCUGUUCUGUCUGUGGAGAUCAGUUUAAUGGAAUAGUGACUGUAGGGGCUUUAUGGGGAGGGUAAUGUAAAUGGUAUAUUAAGGAGACAGUUUUGCACCCCAUGAUUGUCAAAGUUUGGACUUGUAUACCAGAAGCUUCUUUCAGAUGGUUUGAAAAGCUAUAAAAGUUGCAGGAAGAAACUUGAAAAGCCACCUGGGGGAGGAACAUGAUAAAGAAUAGAUAUUUUCAUGAAGUAACCUCAAAAGUAGAAAUCAGAGUAUCAAUGG